AACACAAGCAAAAGUCUGGACAGGAUGUUCGAAUUCGUACAAGAAAAAGUACGGAAAGCCCUUGUAAUUUAAAACCGAGCACGGCAGCCGGAGUACACCAGUGAGAGAGAGGGGGAAAAAAAAGUCAGGAAUUUUGUCUGAGUGGAGAAGUGGUGACGCGGACAGCGGAGGGCGAGGAAGCGUUUCUUUUCCAGCGAGAAGAGCAGACGUUCGUUCGUGGGUACGAUGCUGCCUUUCCUGCUCGUUUCGGCUUGGCUGGCUGGCGCACAAGGCUACUUUUCCGAAGAGAAACUUCACCAAGAAUCGAAAAUACAGCCGCCGACCGUGGUCGUAGCCAUCAUUGCGCGGAACGCCGCGCACUCGCUGCCUUACUAUCUGGGAGCGAUAGAGAGACUGAGCUAUCCCAAAGACCGAAUCUCGAUAUGGGCGGCGACGGAUCACAAUAUCGACAACACCACUGCUAUCCUCAGGGAAUGGCUGACCGUCAUGCAAAAGUAUUACCACUACGUGGAGUGGAGGCCAAUGGACAACCCAACGUCGUACCCAGGGGAGAUGGGACCCAAGCACUGGACCAAUGGGAGAUACGAGUACCUCAUGAAACUCAAGCAGGCCGCACUCAACUUUGCCAAGAGGCGUUGGGCUGACUACAUUCUGUAUUGUGACACGGAUAAUAUCCUGACCAACCCUGAGACCCUGAGCCUUCUUGUAGCGGAGAACAUGUCCGUUGUUGCUCCCAUGCUGGACUCCCAGACGGCCUAUUCCAACUACUGGUGUGGCAUUACCCCGCAGGGCUAUUACCGGCGCACGGCGGAGUACUUCCCCACCAAGCACAGACACCGGAGCGGCUGUUUCCCAGUCCCCAUGGUGCACUCCACCUUCCUGCUGGACCUGCGCAAGGAGGGCGUGAAGAAGCUGGCCUUCCACCCCCCCCACCCUGACUACUCCUGGCCCUUCGACGACAUCAUCGUCUUCGCCUUCUCCUGCCGCGUCUCAGAAGUGCAGAUGUACGUCUGUAACAAGGAUCGCUAUGGGUACUUGAACGUCCCCGCCAAGCCUCACCAAACUAUCGAGGACGACCGCGUCAACUUCAUUCACCUUCAGCUAGAGGCAAUGACCGAUGGACCCCGCAUGCAUCCCUCCCAAUAUGUGUAUCUACCUCCCAAACAAAUGGACCGGAUGGGGUUUGAUGAUGUGUACUUGAUCAAUCUUCGCCGCAGGCCGGACCGCAGAGAGAGGAUGCUCUGGUCCCUGUACGAGCAAGAGAUCGAUGCCAAAGUCGUGGACGCGGUGGACGGAGGCGCCCUGAACAGCAGUGACAUCAAGCUCUUGGGAGUGGACCUCUUGCCGGGGUACUAUGACCCUUUUUCGGGCCGGACUCUGACCAAGGGUGAAGUGGGCUGCUUCCUCAGCCAUUACUACAUCUGGAAGGAGAUGGUCGACCAACAGCUGGACAAAGCCGUGGUGUUCGAGGAUGAUGUGCGUUUCCAGGGCAACUUCAAGAGGCGGCUCAUGCGCAUGAUGGAGGAGAUUGAGAAGGUGGAGCUGGACUGGGACCUCAUAUACCUGGGCCGCAAGCAGGUGAACCCCACAGAGGAGCAGCCUGUGGAGAACGUGAGGAACCUGGUGGUGGCAGACUACUCCUACUGGACCCUCUCCUACGCCAUCUCACUGCAGGGCGCCCAGAAGCUCCUGAACGCCGAGCCGCUCUCCAAGAUGCUGCCUGUGGAUGAGUUCCUGCCCAUCAUGUACGACAAGCACCCCAAUGAGAAGUACAAGGAGCAUUUCCCCAACCGCAACCUGCAGGUGUACUCCACACGCCCUCUGCUGGUGCAGCCCUGCCACUACGCCGGGGACCCGCAGUGGGUGAGCGACACCGAGACUUCCACGCUGUGGGACGACGAUUCGGUCCGGACGGACUGGCGGGGGUCCCACAAGACCCUGAAGGGCUCCCCACCCAGCGCUGGGCUCCAGAACGCCUACCGGGACGAACUCUAGCCCCAAGGCAGCGGCGCUGGAGGUCUGCUUACUUGAACUGGGGGGUGAUGAGCGACAGUACAAUCUACAGGCUGUGGCUGUGAGUUUGGGACAUUUCGUGGGCUCCCUCGUU